CGCGCGGCCCUCACUUCCGGCGGGCCGGUGGCAGCGGGCGGCAGCUGCGGCAGGGACCUACUACCAGCUGGAGGCCACCAUGACAGACUCAAAGUACUUCACCACCACAAAGAAAGGGGAGAUCUUUGAGCUGAAAGCUGAGCUGAACAGUGACAAGAAGGAGAAGAAGAAGGAGGCAGUGAAGAAGGUGAUCGCGUCCAUGACCGUCGGCAAAGACGUCAGUGCUCUCUUCCCAGACGUGGUGAACUGCAUGCAGACAGACAACCUGGAGCUGAAGAAGUUGGUCUACCUCUACCUGAUGAACUAUGCCAAGAGCCAGCCAGACAUGGCCAUCAUGGCAGUCAACACCUUUGUGAAGGAUUGUGAGGACCCCAACCCCCUGAUCCGGGCUCUGGCCGUGCGCACCAUGGGCUGCAUCCGCGUGGACAAGAUCACCGAGUACCUGUGCGAGCCUCUGCGCAAGUGCCUGAAGGACGAGGACCCCUACGUGCGCAAGACCGCGGCCGUCUGCGUGGCCAAGCUGCACGACAUCAAUGCCCAGCUGGUGGAGGACCAAGGCUUCCUGGACACCCUGAAGGACCUCAUCUCUGACUCCAACCCCAUGGUAGUGGCCAACGCAGUAGCAGCUCUCUCGGAAAUCGCAGAGUCUCACCCCAGCAGCAACCUCUUGGACCUCAAUCCUCAAUCCAUCAACAAACUGCUCACAGCCUUGAAUGAGUGCACAGAGUGGGGCCAGAUCUUCAUCCUGGACUGCUUGGCAAACUACAUGCCCAAGGAUGACCGAGAAGCCCAGAGCAUCUGCGAGCGGGUGACACCCAGGCUGUCCCACGCCAACUCUGCAGUGGUGCUGUCGGCAGUGAAGGUGCUGAUGAAGUUCAUGGAGAUGCUGUCCAAGGAUCUGGAUUACUAUGGCACCCUGCUGAAGAAGCUGGCCCCACCCCUGGUCACCCUGCUCUCGGCAGAGCCCGAGCUGCAGUAUGUGGCUCUGCGCAACAUCAACCUCAUCGUGCAGAAGCGGCCUGAGAUCCUGAAGCACGAGAUGAAGGUGUUCUUUGUCAAGUACAACGACCCCAUCUACGUGAAGCUGGAGAAGCUGGACAUCAUGAUCCGCCUGGCGUCCCAGGCCAACAUCGCGCAGGUCCUGGCAGAGCUGAAGGAAUAUGCCACCGAGGUGGACGUGGACUUCGUGAGGAAGGCAGUGAGAGCCAUCGGGCGCUGUGCCAUCAAGGUGGAGCAAUCGGCCGAGCGCUGUGUCAGCACCCUGCUGGACCUCAUCCAGACCAAGGUCAACUACGUGGUGCAGGAGGCCAUCGUGGUCAUCAAGGACAUCUUCCGCAAGUACCCCAACAAGUAUGAGAGUGUGAUUGCCACUCUGUGUGAGAACCUGGACUCCCUGGACGAGCCUGAGGCGCGGGCAGCCAUGAUCUGGAUCGUGGGCGAGUACGCGGAGCGCAUCGAUAACGCCGACGAGCUGCUGGAGAGCUUCCUGGAGGGCUUCCACGAUGAGAGCACCCAGGUUCAGCUGCAGCUGCUGACAGCCAUCGUGAAGCUGUUCCUGAAGAAGCCCACCGAGACCCAGGAGCUGGUGCAGCAGGUGCUGAGCUUGGCCACACAGGACUCGGACAACCCUGACCUGCGGGACCGAGGCUACAUCUACUGGCGGCUGCUGUCCACCGACCCGGUGGCGGCCAAGGAGGUGGUGCUGGCCGAGAAGCCUCUCAUCUCGGAGGAGACAGACCUGAUCGAGCCCACCCUGCUGGACGAGCUCAUCUGCUACAUCGGCACCCUGGCCUCGGUCUACCACAAGCCCCCCAGCGCCUUCGUGGAGGGCAGCAGGGGAGUGGUGCACAAGAGCCUGCCCCCCCGGACCGGGUCGAGCGAGAGCGCCGAGAGCCCGGAGGCGCCCGCGGGGGCGGCCGAGCAGCCUGCAGUCAUCCCCACCCAGGGCGACCUGCUGGGCGACCUGCUCAACCUCGACCUGGCCCCCCCCGUCAGCGGCGCCCCCGUCGCCGCCCCCCUGCAGAUGGGCGCCGUGGACCUGCUGGGAGGUGGCCUGGACGCCCUGAUGGGCGACGAGUCGGAAGGGCUGCGAAGCGAUGUGGGAGGCAGCCCUUCUAUGGGUGGAGGCAUUGGUGGCACCUUUGCACCAGCACCCAACCUCGGGGCACCCCUUGGCCUGGGAGACCUCUUCGACCUCACCGGUGGGGUGGGGACCCUGUCAGGGUCCUAUGUGGCCCCCAAAACGGUCUGGCUCCCUGCCAUGAAAGCCAAGGGGCUGGAGAUCUCUGGCACCUUCAGCAGGCAGGUGGGCUCCAUCUCCAUGGACCUGGUGCUGACUAACAAGGCCCUGCAGGUCAUGUCUGACUUUGCCAUCCAGUUCAACCGCAACAGCUUUGGGCUAGCCCCAGCAGCUCCCCUUCAGGUCCACGCCCCCCUCGCCCCCAACCAGUCUGUGGAGAUCUCCCUCCCGCUGAACACUGUCGGCUCUGUCAUGAAGAUGGAUCCUCUGAACAACCUCCAGGUGGCAGUGAAAAACAACAUUGAUGUCUUCUACUUCAGCACCCUGUACCCACUGCACAUCCUCUUCGUGGAGGACGGCAAGAUGGAGCGUCAGAUGUUCCUGGCCACUUGGAAGGACAUCCCCAACGAGAACGAGGCCCAGUUCCAGAUCAAGGACUGCACCCUCAGCGCAGAUGCUGUCAGCAGCAAGCUCCAGGGCAGCAACAUCUUCACCAUCGCCAAGAGGAACGUGGAGGGCCAGGACAUGCUCUACCAGUCCCUGAAGCUCACCAACGGCAUCUGGGUGCUGGCAGAGCUCAGGAUCCAGCCCAGCAACCCCAGCUUCACGCUGUCCCUGAAAUGCCGAGCACCAGAGGUGUCCCAGUACAUCUACCAAGCCUAUGACACCAUCCUGAAGAACUGAGGUGCAGCAGCAGCCCCUCCUCCUCCUCCUCUCCUCCCGGGGGCAGGACCCAUGUGCAUGUCUCCUUUCUCCUCCCUGCUGACUCCCGACCAGCCCCGGGGCCCCAGAAACGGAGCUGAAGCUCCCAUCUGCGGUGCUGCUCCCCCCCUGCAGUGGGGCUGGGAGGAGCAGAGGAGGGCAGGGGGAGGGGUCCCAGCCUGUCCCUGCAUCCCUGUAGCAAUGGGUGUGUGUGAUGCAGUGUCCUCGCCGGUGCUGUCCCCCACCUCCAGGAGUCCUGUUCCUCCCUCUGCAUCCCUCCCACUGCUUGGUUUUUAGGGAGCUGCUUCCCUCCUGCCCUGCAGCACUCCCCCUCCCUGCUGCCUGGGGAGGGGUCUGCUGGAGGCUUCAGCAGCCCUGGGCUCAUGCUGAGCCUCUUUUGGGGACCCAAAGUGCUGUGGGAUUGGGUGGCUCUGGCUGCAGAUGAUUCCCCCCCUGGAUUUGGGGACAGAGCAGGUGGGACACAGAUUUGGUUUCUUCCUUCCCCCAGGCUUUUGCCUCUCUCUGGGGUCUGUUUUUGCCCUGGUUCAGGAGCACUGUGGGUCAGCUCCCAGCCCUCUGGAGAAGGUCUCCUCCCCGUGGGAGCUGCUUCCAAAGAGGAGGCCUCCAGGAUCUCAAAUUUGAGGCUGUACUUCAAAGUGCAGGAAACCCCCCCCCCCAAAACCAAACCCAAACCAACCCCAAAAGGACUUUUCCAGCCCCAGACAGAGUCUGUAAGGGUUUCAAGCAUCAACUCCCAGCCCCACAGCUCCUUCUGCUCCAUGCUGUCACCCAUGGGUGCCAGAGAGGAGGUGCCACCUUCCCUUGGGGUGCCACUUUCCCCCUUCCCCCCAUCCUCCCAAAAUAAAGCCAUGGGUCCCCCCCACACACACCUA